CCUCUAUAAUCACCCACCAACGUUGGAGUUCACUCUGCUCGUCGUUCACGUACACCCCCAAAUUCCCCAACGCUUAGCCGAGCAUGGAGAAGCUGAAAUCUGCAAUCCCUGAAACCCUAAAGCGGAAAAUUGCUGAAAGCACGGCCAACGACCUCCACUCCACUUGCUCUUCGCUCCUCCAGUUCUUCCAAAACUUGCCCCUCUUUCACCAGAUGGUUAGGGAUUUGACGGACCCUGAAAUGGCGCUGUGCGGAAAGAAUAAGGAAGCUGCGAUGGAAGCCAAGGCCAAAGGCAAUGAGUGCUUUGCCAAAGGGGAUUAUUCAAAUGCUUUGCGGUUCUAUUCUCAGGCACUGCGCAUGGCUCCACCGGAUGUUGAAGAUAAGGAGAAAAAUCUACUUGCAACACUUUACCUUAACCGUGCUUCCUCGUUGCAUAAAUUGGGAUUCUUUCUGGAAAGUCUGCAAGACUGCAGCCGGGCUCUCAUACUAUCCCCUGGCUAUGCAAAGGCAUGGUUUAGAAGAGCCAAGGCAAAUUUAUCAUUGAGCAACUACAAAGAUGCUAUUAGUGAUUUGACUGUUUCCCUAAAGAUAGAGACAUCUCUGAGUGGUAAAAGGCAGAUAGAAAGUGAACUAAACAUGUUACAUGAUCAAUUCAGGCCGAGAAGUAGUGCUAUGGAACAACCAAAUGAUGACAGAUCAGAUGAGCAACUUCAAGUGGAACUCCAGUGUGUCCCAAUACCAACUAAAGGGAGGGGAAUGACUUCUUGUACUGACGUUCCUCUGGCUUCUCUAAUUCAUAAGGAAGAUCCUUAUGCUGCGAUUAUAUUGAAGCAUUGUCGGGAAACUCAUUGUGCUUUCUGCUUCAAUGAACUACCAGCAGAUACAGUGCCCUGUAUGUCAUGUUCAAUUCCAUUAUACUGCUCUCUAAAAUGUCAACUGCAAGCUGGAGGACAAGAUUUUUCAAACUAUAAGAGCAAAUAUGAAUUUCCAGAAGACUUGUCCGAUGUUCUUGAACAAUAUAUAAGAAAUGUGACUUCACCUGGCAUUUCGAGUUCAAACUUUGAACAUGCUGAACAUAGACAUGAGUGUCUAGGUGUGAACUGGCCUGCAGUUUUGCCAUCUGAUGUGAUUCUGGCUGGCCGUAUCCUUGUGAAGCAUAUACAACAACAGAGUCGUGGUGGAGUUCAGCCUAAAUAUCACGGAAUUCUAGAUCUUUGUCAGAAUUAUGGACAACUUUCAUCUGAUAGCAAAUUGGAGUUUCAUGUGUAUUCUAUGAUUCUGAUGUGCUGUCUUCAGCAAGUCCUCGCCACCAGACUUCCUUUAAACUCGGAGAUAACUUCAGAGAUUAUCAUGCUUCUCUCUCAAAUUCGGGUCAAUUCUAUGGCAGUUGUCCGUAUGAAAUACUCUGAUGGAAAGCAGCCCCUAGAUUAUGAUGCAACAAGUUCGGUGGAACAGGUUCAAGUGGCUCAAGCCGUGUAUUCUGGUGGGAGUUUCUUCAACCAUUCUUGCCAGCCGAAUGCUCAUGCGUAUUUCCUUUCACGUACUCUCUUCAUACGAGCAACGGAACAUGUUGCAGCAGGAUCUGAACUGGAGCUCUCCUAUGGCCCUCAGGUGGGACAGUGGGAUUGCAGUGAGCGACGCAAGUUUUUGGAAGAUCGAUACUCAUUUAUAUGUCAGUGUAGCGGUUGUUCUCAAGUGAAUCUAUCUGAUCUUGUCCAUUCUGGGUAUCACUGUAAUAGAUCAAAUUGUUUUGGAGUAGUAAUGGACAGUUGUAUUGCAAAAUAUGAGAGAGAAAAACUCAAACAUGUCAAAGGACCAAAUUCUUUACAGGAUAUGCUUCAUGAUGAUAACAUCGGGAGAGUGGCCAGUCGCCUGUUUGAGCAAACUGAUUACAGUUGCUGUUUUGAGCCAGGCUAUUGUUUGAGUUGCGGCUCUCUUUGUGAUCUUGAAGCUUCACAAGAAACAAUCACCAAAGCUGAGAUUUGCAUUAAAAGAUUGCAGGAUGCACUAGCUUCUUGUGAAACCCCAACUACUUUAAUUAUGGAUGCUUUGAAAUCUAUUGACAUUUUAAGAACACUAUUGCAUCCUUUCAACAAGAGAAUUGCUGAGGUGGAAGAUAAUAUUGCACAAGCAUUUUGUUCUACCGGUGAAAUUCAAGCUGCGAUGGCCCAUUGCCUGGCUUCAAUUAAGAUCCUGGAAAAGCUCUAUGGUGAAGACCACAUCGUCAUUGGAAAUGAGUUGAUUAAACUAUCCUCUAUUCAGCUAUCCAUGGGUCAGAAAAGUACUGCAGACAACACGAAUCAAAUCGUUGCAAUAUUUUCACGAUAUUAUGGAUCUCAUGCGGACAUCAUGUUCCCAUAUUUGCGAUACCUUAAGAGAGAAGCAGGGAAACGUGUUUGAGUAAGAAAGUCACUUCAUGCUUUUCACUUUAAGACUUUAUCCCUGGACCACAUGGCUUUUUGCGAGGCUUUGUUAAAUUCUGGGUUUUUGGAGUCUACACUAGGAAAGAAGGGGAAUCCAGCAACUUGGUUUAGUAACGAUUUUCCAACUUAGAUCAGUAAAUUAGAUUGUAACCUAUACUGUUAUUAUUGAUGGGAAUUCGGUGUUUUCGUUAAGGUCUGAUUGUUAAAUUUGUGAAGAUGAUGUAAUGUAGCAAUGGAAGCGACAUUUAAAUUCUAGAUUAUUGUGCGAACAUUCUUAAAAAUACAUAAGAAUUUAUUAUGAUUUCCUUGGUUUAAAUGAAUAUAUAGAAAA